AGAGGUUCACCGGAGCGUCAGUACGCGUACACCCCGGGGAACGGAACGGAUCGGUGCGCAUCCCUCUUUUCCAUACAACUGCACUUUUCUUCUACGCGUUACAAAGAUCGUCAUCUUCACACUGGUCUCGCGUCUUCUGCACAAUGUUUCUUUCUGCACUUUUAUCCUAAUCCAUCAAUGGAAUAAACGCGGGGAUGCAGAUACUGACCAUCAAAGACGACAGAAGCGAAGGAUCAAACGACCACGGAGUUAUGUUUCAGACAGUCAUCUAUAAAGGGCUCCAUUAGCAUAUGUCAAGUGGGCAUUUACAUAAGGGGCAUAUUUAGGCUGGUGUCUCAGAGCCGAGCCAGUCACAUCCAGCACAUCCAGUUGAGAGCACCAGAGGAGCCGCAUACGCUUGUGUGUUGGAGUGCGUAAUACAAGUGUGUUGGAUACAGAAGGGACCGGAGCAAAGGGGAGUAGCCUGGAAGGUCGAGAGAGCAUGUGCUAAACCGAGCGAGAGAGAGAGAGUGAGAGAGAGGGAGAGAGAUAAUCGGAUGUAAACACGCAUUGACUGUAAAGCCGCAACCAGUGACUGCGCAAAACACUAGGGAAAGAGAGACCACAGGGGCUCUCCUCCAUACGGUAACUUUUCUUCCGGCGGUUGUCUUUGAGUGUCGGUGAUGGGUGCAGUCGGUGAGCUGGUGGGCAGCUUCUCUCACGGCUUUGAGAGCUUUGGCCACGGGUCUCAUUUCGUCCUCACGCCCCCCGGGGAAUCCGGUGUUCUGAUGAACGAGCACAUCGUGUCUGCCGAGCGCCUGUCACGCAGCACUUCUCCGGACCUGACGCAUCUCAAAGGGAUCCUACGUCGAAGGCAGCUGUACUGCAGGACCGGCUACCACCUCGAGAUAUUACCGGACGGUGUAGUGCAAGGCACGAGAAAAGACCACAGCAGAUUUGGUAUAUUGGAAUUCAUUAGUCUCGCUGUGGGAAUGGUGAGCAUCCGUGGAGUGGAUAGUGGAUUAUAUCUUGGAAUGAACAGCAAGGGGGAACUAUAUGGAUCUGAAAAGCUGACGGCCGAGUGUGUGUUCAGAGAGCAGUUUGAAGAAAACUGGUACAACACCUACUCCUCCAACCUCUAUCGGCACGGCGAGCGAGGGUCACACUACUACGUAGCUCUCAAUAAAGAUGGAACGUCGCGAGACGGAGCCCGCUCCCGGAGGCACCAGCGCUUCACGCACUUCCUGCCACGGCCAGUGGAUCCGGACCGCGUUCCCGAGCUUUACAAGGAGAUACUAGGACACAGCUGAAACCACUCAACCUUAAACUCAAACCACAAAAAUAACGCACCUGCAUGUUCUUCAUCCCCCCAGCAGCCAGCAGGGCAGACCUGUCUCGGGAGACAGCCGAGGAGCUGGGGGUAGAGGCCCUCUUCUGCGGCCAAGGUUGGAGCGAUAGCAGGAGAGGGAAAGCCCGCACCAGGAACCAGAUAUCUGAACUUUGGAUAGUUCCUGAAGAGACGGACACUGUUUUGGAUCCAUAUACCUUCUGUUUGUAGGGCACAGGGGAUUUUGGAUUAGGAGAGAGCUAAAUUUCCACCGGUGGACUGCUUGCCAGACGAUGAUGGACAACCACUGUACUACUGAAAAUUCUAGAAGGCUUCUGAAGGAAUUCUGCGUUAUGCUUUUGAGACUCUUCCAACACUGGCACGGACGUGCGGGAGACUAAAAACUAUCUUUAGGUCCUUUAAUUUAUGUUUUUUAAAGAUAUUUAUUUUAUAUAUUUAUUUAUUUUGAAAGUAUAUUUUUACAAGAAUAUAUGCAAGAUGUAACAGGAGAGCUUUAUUUUCUACCGCUAUUAAUAGACAGUGAAACAUGACUAUCUAGAACUAGAACUACUGAGGAAAGUAUUUUCUUAUAAGUUGUACAUUUUUCGGUUGUAUCGGCGCUCCUCGCGGUCCCCUGUGUUUGUUUAUCUCUCAUGUCAUUAAACCAGAUCCAUAAAAGCCUGAGAAUGUUCCAGAAACCACUGGGGAAUUAAACAGUUGAAAUGA